GGUCACGUGGUGCGCUCGAUGCGCUCGGCGAUCCCCGGCGGCGCAGGCCGGGCCCGCUCCCGGUCCCGGUUCUUGUCCCCGUCCCCGUCCUGCUCGCACCAUGUCCACCGCCAUGAACUUCGGGGCCAAGAACUUCAAGCCUCGCCCCCCGGACAAAGGCGCCUUCCCCUUGGACCAUUUCGGGGAGUGCAGCGCCUCCAAGGAGCGCUUCAUGGAGUGCCUCCGCCGCAACGACUUCCAGAGCGGCGCCUGCCGAGAGCUCUCCAUGGCCUACCUGCAGUGCCGCAUGGAGAGGCAACUUAUGGCUAAUGAACCACUGGAAAAAUUGGGAUUUAAAGAUCUGAUAGAUGAGAAACCAGAAGCAAAACCUCAGAAGUCGUAAUGAAGGAAGACGACUUUGCUCUUCGUGUAUGGAAAACACAACUCUUAUGUAGUACAUAUUGUACUUCUGUGCAUAUUGCGAUUGGAAGUGUUUCGUGACGGAACCUUUCUUCCAAAAUAUUAUUUCCUAAAAUAACACUUCGCUUGCUUCAGAAAGGACUGCCUGAAGUAUUUCUUAGCCUUUUUCUUUUAAAUUCUCUAGCCUACUCUUGAAGAUCCAUGAGAACUUUACCUGGGAGAAAACAACUGUUGCCUGAAGUGUUCUCCAUGCUUUUGCAAAACCAGUAAACUCUUGCUUUUAAAAAAAAAAAAAAAACAAAGCAACCCCCCCCACACUUUUAUUGUGUAGAUCUUGAACUGUAUUCUUACGUGUGGUAUUACUAAUAUGCUCACAGCAAUUACUUGUUAGGUGGAAAUAAAGCUGUUGUGUUACUUGCAAAUUGCUUUUUAUUAAAUACUGGAAUUGA